CACUCUAAAUUGUAUAGAAAUGUAAAGAAAUCUGACAGUUUAUUCAAGUUUUAGAGAGAAAUUGAGUGAAAUCAGCAAGGAAUAAAGCAAACAGACAGCUGAUGACGUAACAGCAGAAACAGACAAACCAAAUAUGGGAUCAUCAUUCCGAGGAAAUGGAAUGUGGGACUAUAAAAAUGACAAUUUCCGGGAAUACCCACAGGGCGUUUAUAAACCCAGAGAGCGAGAGAUAAGCACAGUCAGCAAUACGAGCGACCGAGUUUUCAAUGAUAUAAACGAUUUUAGUUUGCGGUCAAACGGAUCUGAGAACUCUCCGACAAGGAGUUGGAACACACGGGAUUCUUUAAAGGAUUCAACGACAAGGGACUCUACAAGUUGGGAUCAAAAAACAAGGGAUCAUGUCAUAAAUCGAAAUAUUGAUAAUAUUCGCUCUGUUGAAAGACACACAGACAGUGACACGAGUCAAUUCAGCCAAUCAAAUGGCAGGAUCCCACAUGCCAAACAAAAUGGAACAUUAUCAAACUCACGAUUACCACUCAACAAAUCAUUAAGUUUAUCCAAACGGAGUUUAAAUCUCUCCCGGACUACCUUAUAUGGCAAAGACUAUGGAGUUCAAAAAAGCUUAAUCAGCUUAGGACUGCUAGCGAUUUUAUCUCUAGUUCUUGUCGUUUUGGCGAUGCAGUUAUUAUUCAAACUUCACGCUCGUCAGGAACUACAGGAUUCUGGAAACAGUUUGCCAGUUGGUGUGCGUAUAGGUAUCUUAACAGAAACUCUGUAUAGCGAUCUUCUUGAGGUUGCUAUUGUGUUAACAACAGUGGUUUUAAUGUUGGAUAUGUGUUGCAUGCUGGUCUGUAGUGUGCAGUGCAUUCUAGCAGCUAAAAUACUCAAAGUGCCUCAGGGUGAGGAAAGAGCAUUUAAAUACUUGCAGGAAUGUGCCAACACUCGGUUUCUCUCAAUUGCAGGCUUCUACCUCUCUGUGCCACUGUUUCUACUAGUUGUAUUUCUCUUUGUAUUAAUGGAGCUUCGGACAACAUCAGCGAUUAUUUCAACAGUGAUUCUUGGACUAGGAAUUGUAUAUUCCAUUGUUGCUGUAUUACAUAGUGCAUAUUUCUGGCGAGUAGAGAAGGUGCGGGCAAAUGCGGGAGCACCAGUGUGGGAUCCAAACAAAAGCGGGACAAAUGAACUAUCAACUCUUGUAUGACACAACGCGAAAUACAAGGCGUCACAUGAUAUCUGUUACCUAGGAAUUUUCUGAAAAUUUUCAAAAAUUUGAUUUUAAGUUUUUGCUUAUUAUAACAUAUGUGCUAUCUUUAAAUUUCUAUUAUUCUUAUUUAUGUUUGAAUUUAAGAUAUUAUGUUAGUGUUUUUAAAAAACAACAACAAAAGUAUCAGUACAUCUUGAUGUUUAGAGCAUGUUUUAUUUAAUUUUUAAAUUGCUUUGAGUGACUGUACCAGAUUUGUGUGACACCUUGUAUUUCUAAGUAGAGAUUUUGUAUAAACCAAUGUUCUCACUUUCAUGAUGGUAAUGUUUUCAAAUAUGAAAUUAAUGUAAAAAGAGUGGAAUUAGCAAGGAAUAAAGUAAACAGGCAUGUAGUUAA